AUGUCAAAUAAUAAUAAUAAUAAUAAUAAUAGUAAUAGUAGUACUCAUCUGCUAAUAACAAAUUCAAAUCAUUUAAUACUACAAGAAAGUAAUAGAAAACAAUUUCAAUUACAAUUACAUCCAUUACAUCAAUCACAAUCACCGCCUGCUGUAGAUUUAACAAAAUAUGAUUUAAAAUCGAAAGAAUCAAAAUAUAAAAGAUGGACACCUCGAAUGGAUCAAUAUUUAAUUAAAUUAUUAUCAGAUGUAGUUCAUUCAUUUCCUCAGGGAUCAGAUAUUCAUAUGAGUAAAAAAUCAUGGAAUUUUGUAUGUAAUCAAUUAAGAAAUGUUAAUCCAGAAACUGUAUAUUCUACAUAUACAAAAUAUUCAUGUCAACAACAUUUAAUUAAUGUAAUUCAAUAUAGAUAUAAAAUAUGGUAUAAAUUAAUGAAACAUUCAAAAUUUAUAAACUCACUGAAAUUACAAGAUUUAGAAUAUUCAUAUAAAUGGAAUCCUAAAAUUGGAAGAUUCCAAAUAAUUGAUUUAAGUACUAAUUUGUUGAUAAUUGAUGAGAGAUUAAUUAAGACUAUUUUAUAUUCUGAAAGUCUUAAUCUACCCCCAUUAAAGAAAAAUAAAUCACAAUUAAUCAUUAAUGAUUUCUUUUUAAGUGAUAAUUUAAAAUAUAUGAGUGUUUAUCAUAAUGAAAUUCUUCCAUUGUUGAUUAAAAUGGAUACUAGAUAUUUGGAAGAUAUAGGUGAUGAAAUAUAUCUGGAAAUUCCGAAAUUUAGUUACCCUGAAGCUAAUAAAGAAUAUGGAAUUAAAAAUAUAAUAACAAAAAAGAGAAAACGAAAAGAAAUGAGUGAUUUAGAAGAAUUUAAUAAAUUGUUAAAUAAUGGUGUGAUAUUGACUGAAAAUGAAAAUGAAAAUGAAGAUGAAGAAGAAGAAUUAGAUCCGAUGUUGAAAAAUGGAAACAAUAAUAAUGUAUUAGCUGAAGCUAGUUUGGCAGCUAUAAAUUCUCCAAAUGUGAUAAAAAAUGGUAUUCCGAUCUAUAUUAAAGAUAAAGCAUGGUUUAAUAAAUUGAUUUCGUUGUAUAAUUUGAAUUUAUUGAAUUCUAAUGAAGUUUUAAUAAUUUGUCAAGGUGUUAGAGAUAAUAAAAUUCCCUUAUUUAUGUUAAAUAUACUAGAUCAUGAUUAUUAUUUGGGUAGUAAUAAGGCGAAUAAUGAUGAUUUGUCCAACGAAGAAAUUAUGAAAAGAAUUAAAGAAUUUAUGUUACCAAUGGUUUAUAAUCAAUGA